UCUAGCGACCAUUAUCCUACAGUUUCACCUAUAAAAUGCGAAACAGCUCCCUCUCCACUCACUCACCUCAAAACCUCUCUGAAACUCUCUCACAGAAAACAAUGGAAGGAGAGAUCCCCAACUUCGUUAUGGUAUGGACCUUAGUCGUCGCAUCCCUAUCCUACUGCCACACCAUCGGAAACCUAACUUCUCCGGGAACCACCAGACUUCUCUUCGUACUUCCUGUAUUCUUCUUCUUCUUCUAUCUCCCUCUUCACCUCACCACCAUCUUCCUCGGCGGCCCCUCCUCCUUCUUUCUCUGUUGGCUCGCAAACUUCAAGCUCCUCCUCUUCGCUUUCGGCAAAGGCCCCUUAUCGUCUGACCCGCCCCUCGCUCAUUUCAUCCCCUUGGCUUGUCUCCCCAUCAAGUUCCGAACAGACUCCGAAAAAGCUCAAAAUCAAAAGAAGGGCCAGAAGUCCACUCUCAACUACGCCACAAAGGCUCUGAUAUUCGCUACUUCGGUUCAAGUUUUCCACAACAAGGAGUCCAUCCACCCCAAGAUCCUUAUGUUUCUUUACGCCAUUUACAUGUACACCGGUUUAGAGCUCGUCUUGGCCUUUGUCGCAGCUGGGGCUCGAGUCUUUUUGGGUGUCGACUUCGAGCCGCAGUUUGACGAGCCCUACCUCGCCACCUCUCUACAGGACUUCUGGGGGAGGAGGUGGAACAUCAUGGUCAACAGGAUCCUGCACCCCACCGUGUACGAACCAGUCCGGAACAUUUCCAGCCGUUGGAUCGGGAAAGAGUGGGCCCCUCUACCAGCAGUGCUCGCGACCUUUCUCGUGUCUGCGGUGAUGCAUGAGUUCGUAUUCUAUUACAUUGGUCGGACCAAGCCCACAUGGGAUCUCACGUGCUUCUUUCUCCUCCAUGGUGUUUGUUUGUCUAUUGAGCUUAUUGUUAAGAAGGCGUUUAGGGGGAGUAAGUGGAGAAUGCCGGCCGCUGUGUCGGGGCCGCUGGCGAUGACGUUUGUGGUGGUCACCGGUUUGUGGCUGUUUUUGCCGGCGCUGAUGGGGCGGUGCCAGGCGGACGUCAUGGCGUAUAGGGAGUACAUUUCCUUCAUUGAGUUCAUGAAGCAUGUUGGUGACUUUCUCAAUGUCAACUCUCUCUUAAGCAUAGUUAGUAGAUAGAUCAAUGCACGUUUUCAUUUAUAAUUAAUUACUGUAGUCUGUGUCACUGAGCAAUUAUCUUAAUUAAAAGAGGAACAUUUUGUUAAGAAUAAUUGCAUUUUCUUCAGUUUGGUGGCCUGUACGAUCUAAAGAGACUAUAAGUGCAUCAAUGUCAUAAUCUGAUUAAAUUCAGACCAAUUUUUCCCACGCCUACUUUGUCAUUAUUGAAUUGAAAGUUGAUUAAAUGGCCAAA